UUCUGGGAUAUACCAAUUGGCAUGCAGGAACAAGAAUUUAAAAGUAUGAUAAAAAAUAAAUCUGAAAAUGUAACCUCAUGCAAUAUGAGCACAAGAGGAUUGUGGUUAUCUGCAAUAGUACAAUUUAAGAAAGAAUAUAUAGCCAAAAAUCUAUUAAUGAAAUGGCCCCAAAUUAUUGAGGAAGAAUCAUGCAGAAAAGAUAUAAAAGAAAUCAAGGAACAGGUAAAAAAUAUAGAUGAAAGAUUGGAAUUAGUGGAAACUCAUUGUGUUUAUGAAAUAUUAAAUGAUGAAGAAGUAAAAGAAAUGGAUAUCAGUGAUAAUAAAAAUGAAAAAAUGAAUGAAAAAGAAAAAUCCAAGGCACAAACAACUAAUAAUAAAAAAGAGGAGAAUGAAAUGGAAAAAACAAUAAAUUAUAUUUAUGAAACAGUUAAAACUCUGUUAGAAGAAAAUAAAACAACUUUAACAUGA